CGCUUAGCACCACCAACUACCACCAGGGAGUUUCUGAAUUUAGUGCUAGCUACUGGUAUAGCAUUUCCAGUAACAGUUUUAUAGUGUUUUGAUAAUGAUGUAUACCCGGGUUGGGGUGGGGGAUACUGGGAGGGGGAGGACUUUGUUAGUUAAUCGCAGGAUCUAAAUUGUUUCUAUUUUUUUCCUGCUUUGUUGUCUUACUAAUGCAAUGCAAGGCCGAUAUACUCUCCAUUUCACUUGAGGAGGGUCUAUGCUACCCAGGACACUCUCCAGUUAACAGAUUAGACAACCUUACAGCAAGAUAGCUAUGGCAGGUCAUCAGCACAUGAUACAAGUUGUAUCUUAGAACACACAUAGCCUAAACAAUCGCAUCAAACGAUUAUUCUAGAUUACCUUAAAAAGAUAGGGGUAGACCUGUUCAUGUUCUAAGAGACACAUUUAGUAGGUCAAAGAGUCAGGGCUCUGAGAUGGGCAUGGGAGGGCAGCCUUUUGCAUGCUGAAUACUUCUCCCACUCUAGAGGUGUAGUGAUUUUCACUAGGAAAGGUCUGGGCCUAGGGCUGAAAGAGUUGCAAACAGAAAUGAAAGGCUGAUACAUUGCACUGAAAUGACAGCUCUAUAACUGCUGUCUAAUAAUUAUUAAUGUAUAUGUUCCAUCUCCUUUUACCACAACUCUCUUAGAGAGAGGCAAGUUGCCGCCAUGGGCCAAUACCCAGUCAUAUGGCUAGGGGACUUCAAUGCAAUCCCUGACCCCUCCAUGGAUAGGCUCCGUCCCCUCCCACAUAACACCUCAAUGUACGCCAACUGGAUUACACGGCAUGCCUGCAGGAUGGGUGGAGAUGUAAACAUUCCACAGCUAGGCAGUACUCUUGCUAUACAGUAGCAACAUCAGCUCUAACAUUCAAGGCUGCCAUGCUGGAUUUUGGAGUAUAGGCAAUUCAGAUACACUCCUUUAUCAAAGUGAUGAUCAUGGUCUUUUUUUCCAUCCAGUAUCACCAAGAGGGAGUCUGAACUCUGAAUGAUUCAACCCUAUUUAGGUGUUCUAGAGAUGUGUUUGGAUUUGGAAAUAAUGAACGCAAUACAAUGUCCUGAGUUGUAUGAAAUUCAGACCCAACUUUGGGAAUUAAUUUGUUGGCUGUCUUCAGCUUGUCUUGCCAGGAGGUAAGUUUCCUUUCUGAAAUGGACAGAGCCUGUAAUUCACUCACUCUACUUGCUGAGGUUAUUGUCCCAUUGGGGGCCAAAUUAGCCUCUUGUGGGCAUGGGAAAGCCCGCGAAAAUAAGUUAUAUAUAGAGCCCUCCUCGCAGCACCCGUGUCAGCGCAGCCUGGGGAUAGCUUCAGAAGAAUUUCACCUCUGACCUGCUCGUCGCUGGGAAGAUGUCAGCACCAGGGAGCAGCAAUAGACAGGCUGUGGGACUUGCUCCGACUGAUAGGGAGCGCAUAAUGAGCUGGAUACAGACAGCACGGCCGGAAGAACUGAGCCGAAUGAUGCAGCAGACAGGCAUUGCGUCGCACACCAAUGAGGACGGGGAGGAGGCGGCUACUCCUGAUUCAGAAGACGCCCCCAGUCCGUUAGGCAGACCCACUGUGAAGAGAAAGCUGGCUCUGAAGUGUUCCACACAGAGAUAUGCAGCAAAGACAAAGAAGGCUGCAAUAAAGACUGUUAACAGCAGGAAUGCGUGGCCAGCGAUGUCCCCGCCUAUGGCUAGCACUAGUCAGGCUGUGCAGGGGGAGUUUUUCCAGCCCACUGAGUCCAGUGGAAUGUUUAAUAAAACGCUGCCUGUUAUGUCUUCCCCUCCCCUAUUCUCUUUCCAGCAGGCACCGAGUGACACAGGCAGUGUGAGCAGGGAACAACCAGGACCCUCCAUUCAGCAAGCAGGCGACAUUCAGAAAAUUUGGAUUUUAGGACAUUCUUAUGUACACUGGGCAGAGCUGAGAGCACAGAUAAGGAAGGGUGCAGCAAAUUUAUACCUUUCAGAUAAAAAGUACAAAGUAAUAUGGAAUGGUAUUAGGGGCAUGAGAUGGGAGAAGCUCUUCCAAACUCUAACAGUGAUGUUAAAAACAUGGGGAUACCCUAAGGUGAUUGUGAUACAUUUAGGUGGAAAUGUUAUAGGGUUUAUAAAAACAAUCCAAUUGAUUAAGUCCAUAAAACAAGAUUUGUGCCAAAUUUCUUUAUUUAUGCCUGAUGUUUAUUUGAUUUGGUCUGAAAUUGUCCCUCGGCUGUGCUGGCAAUCCCAACUAUUAAAACCACUUGAGAAAUGCAGACGUAAAAUUAACCAUUCAAUUGCCAAGUUUGCAGGCAAGUUGAACAUAACUGUAUACAGACACCAUGAGUUAGAGAAUGGUUUUGAAGGAUUGUUUAGAGAGGACAAGGUCCACUUGUCAGAAAUAGGAUUGGAUAUUUUCAAUGUUGGACUGCAAAAUGCAGUGGAAAAAGCCUUGUUUUGUGGAGGGGGGCCAAGCCCAAGUUAAGGUUUUAACUGGUCUUGGCGUGGCGGAUGUUUAAAAUGUUAAUUGGCUCCUGGCCGAUACCAUGGCGGGGCUCAUAUAUACACUGAAUGGCAAGCUCUGCAAUUGUACGGAGCUGGGCUUGGUUAUUACUGUUAAUUUAAGCAGUGAAUGUUAAUGGAGUAAUUACAGAUGCUGUUUAAUAAACUUGGCUGUGGCCUUUCUCCACACAUAACAAAGUGUUUAUGUUUUAUUUUGCUAAGAACGGUUCCUUAUGUUUAAAUGUUCAUGCCUACUGAUCCCAUGUCCCAUUGGGGGCCAAAUUAGCCUCUUGUGGGCAUGGGAUGGUGGCAUGACAUGAGGUAGAUGGGCUCAGAUCCCAGAUACAUUCAUAUCAUUAUAUAAGUUUAGUUAUAAAAGUUUUAUUACAGGGCAUCCUAUAGCUUUAAAUGCACAGCUGGGCCAGCAGGUAUGUGAUUGGAGGCCCCCCUGCUGGCUGAAAGCCCGCGAAAAUAAGUUAUAUAUAGAGCCCUCCUCGCAGCACCCGUGUCAGCGCAGCCUGGGGAUAGCUUCAGAAGAAUUUCCCCACCCACCCACCCUCAAGUUAUAUAAAUUAAAAAAAAAAAUGUCACAGCCAAUUAUAUGGUUCAUAAUAAAUGGAUUCAUUAAUGGCGGAUGUUUAAAAUGUUAAUUGGCUCCUGGCCGAUACCAUGGCGGGGCUCAUAUAUACACUGAAUGGCAAGCUCUGCAAUUGUACGGAGCUGGGCUUGGUUAUUACUGUUAAUUUAAGCAGUGAAUGUUAAUGGAGUAAUUACAGAUGCUGUUUAAUAAACUUGGCUGUGGCCUU